CGCCGUGCUCAACAUCAACCGCAAUCGCUAGCCAGAUUAGAUCAGAGAAUUCCGAUAUAUUGGUCAUCGCCAAAUAUACUCUUCCGAUCUCCUCGACUCUGCCUUUUGAUUUCUCUUGGUGGGAACGAAAUAUAUUAGAAGGUGUUACUGGUAGAAGCGUUGUCAAACACUGAAUACCUGUGACAUCAUCAACACACUCCGUAGGCCUUCUGUAUUUAAUACACAAACCAGGAUAUGAAUCUGAAAAACAGCAAGAGUAUAAGCAUCACAUAAUUUCUUACGAAAGGCUCUGAACCAACAAUAAAUCCACUUAAAAAAUGUGAUCGAAACUUAAUCAUUUCAAAGACUCUUAAAAGAUAAGCAAUACACAAAAAAUCAGAAAGAGCUUCCUGAACACGUAAUUUGUUUUAAAUCUUCACCAUAGUUGUACCAAAAUACACAUCUGUUCAAAUAUAAAGUUUUUAUCGUGUGCGGUCAGUGCUGUCCAACUUAUUAGAUAUUAUGGCUAAUAUUCUCCCUCCAGCUGAUCCACGAGUUGAAAACUGGCCACUAAUGAAAGAUCCAACACCUGUGUUUGUUACUGUCCUACUAUAUCUAACUUUUGUUCUCUGGUUGGGUCCAAAAAUUAUGAAAAAGCACCAAACACCGUUUAACCUACGUCCACUUAUGAUCGUUUACAACAUUUCUCUAGUUCUGCUUUCGAGUUGGCUAGUGUACGAAUUUGCUGUUUCAGGAUGGUUUACAGGAUAUUCGCUUGGUUGUCAAUCUAUUGAUCAUUCAAGAAGACCGAUUGCUAUGCGUAUGGCUAGUACUUGCUGGGUUUUUUUCAUUUCCAAAAUAAUUGAAUUAUUUGACACCGUAUUGUUUAUCCUCCGAAAGAAAUUUGAGUUAGUUAGCUUUCUUCAUGUUUUUCAUCAUGCAAUCAUGCCUAUUUCCUGGUGGUACGGUGUGAAGUAUGUCCCAGGUGGUUUAGGAACUUUUCAUGCAUUUUUAAAUUGUAUCGUCCACGCCUUUAUGUAUACUUACUAUGGUUUGGCUGCAGCUGGACCUCGUUUUCAAAAGUAUAUAUGGUGGAAAAAAUACUUAACUGCAGCUCAAAUAACCCAAUUCAUCAUUGUUAUUUUUCACUCAACAUAUGCAUUGAGUAUAACCGAUUGUAAUUACCCAAAAUUUUUCAGUUACUGGAUUUUGGCGUCAGCAUUGAUUUUUCUUUUUUUAUUUUCCAAAUUUUAUUACAAAGCCUACGAGAAACCAGUUCAUUCAUUAAAUGGAUUAAUAGUUGAUAAUAAAUACCAUAAUAAAGCUCAUUAAAUUAUCUUGUUAGGGUUUGUUUUUUCUUAAAUGUAAUAGAAAUCAGUAGUAAUGAUGACAGUCAUUAUAGUUGCAUAGGUUGGAAUCUAUUGAAUACAUAUAUAUGUAUCUAUAAGGGUCUUUCUCUUUUUCUUACAUCAGUCCAUUCUUUAUGGUUGUUCGUCGUGAUAAACAUAAUAAUUCUUUAUGAUAUUUUCUCAAUGAUAUUACAUUAGCAUCUUUUACUGUUUUUUGUUUUGAUGUAGGAUUUCAUUUUGUAAAAGAUACAUCAGUCAAUAUUAUAAUUUUAUAUACGCACACACACACACCUGCACAUUCAUACAAAUGAUUAUACAUGUAUCUAUGUGCAUUUUUGUUACAAAUACAUUGUUCUAAUUGUAUAUUAAUAAUGUUCUCUUUUUAUGCUUAAAUAUUAUCAAUUUAAUAUCAGAUGGGUUUUGUGGAGAUUGUAGUAAUUUCAAUGGUUAAGAUCAUGAGUCAGUUGAAGCUAGACCGCCAUGGAAAACCUGGAAACACUGGAUGGCCGUUUUUAUUCCUAUUGUGAGACUCAGCAGUGCGCAUCCAUGAUCUCGCCCCCUGCGACACUCGAACCCAGAACCUGAGUGAUUUGGUGUUUAAGUGCUCGCGCGCGAAAUCAGCAGGUCCUGGGUUCGAAUCUCACAGGGGGCGAGGUCAUGGAUGUGCACUGCUGAGGAGUCCUACAAUAGGAAUAAAAACGGCUGUUCAGUGCUUCCAGGUUUUCCAUGGUGGUCUAGCUUCAACUGACUCAUGAUCUUAACCAUUGAAAUUAUCAUCAGUUUAAUUGAUAAUUUAUUUUAUUAUAUCAAAUAAACAUUUAUAACGGAUGAAAUAAUAGCGUUACGUAAUAAUUAUCUUAUUAUAAUCAUUGCCAUGUAUAAUGUGUUUGUUUUGUUUUCAUUAUUUCUUUGAUAGAUGAGAUAAGAUUGAACAUUGAUAAACAUUUAAUGAUAUUAUCUAUUAAAUCUGAAGUUUGAAUUCUAUUCUACUUGAACUCGAAUUUAGAUAAUGAAGUUUUAUUUUACUGUAACUUACAUGUACACUUACAAGUGGUUCGAUUUGAUAAAUACUUUAUUUAACAAAUCAGUUAGAUGAUCAUAUAAACUAUGUUCAUUUGAAUUAAUUAAUAAUAUGAAAUAAUGAUCAGGUCGUUAUAGAUAAUAAUAUUGAUUUGGUGGAAAUAUCUGUUUGCUAAAAGUAAACUCCACUUGUAGCUCUUCUAAUGUUAUAACCGGUCCCGAGCCCAGGUCAGGGAGAAAUAUUGAGUUUGGCGUCAGCAAUCCUAUCCCGUAGAAAACAAGUUUACUUAAAAAAAACAUUAAGUGAGAAAAAAUUGAACCACUUAAACUCUUCCCUCUGAGCUCAAGGAAAAAUUAUGAUGGCUCAUAGUGAAAGUCGAGAUUCGUCGGAAGUCAUGAGGCUGAUGCCCCUUCUAACAACAAGAAAAAUAAUUAAUAUAGGCAUAUAGAAUGUUCGGAAAAUGUGGAAGACUGGCAGGACCAACCGAACAGAUUCGAAAAUGAGAAGAUACAACUUGACGGUUCUUAAAAGAAGCGACAGAAAUGAUUAUAUUCGACAGAGAUAAUGUUAUACUCUGGUCACGAAGAAGAAAAUGUUCCUCAGACUCAGGUAGAUGCUCUGAUGCUGUCCAAAGAAACACUUCAAGCACCUGUAAGAUGGAAAUCUAAUGGAUCCAGAAUCAUCAAAGCAUCCUUCAAAACAAAAAAGGUUAUCAAAAUGAAUGCUAUCCAGUGCCAUUCACCCACCAUUGAUAACGAGGAAGACGACAAUGAUCAGUUUUACGCGACCAUCCUCCAUUAUCUUCUGUGAAUAACUGCAUCACAACUGACACGGUUGAUAUCCACCAGUCACAGCUUCUCAGUGGUCUAGACGUUAAGCUUUUGUGAGCGGGACCUAAGGUACUGGGUUCGAGUCUUGUGUGCGGGUUUGUGGAUACUUAUUGCUAGUGAGUCCUAUACUAGGACGAGACGAUCAUUCAGUGCUUCUAGAUUUGGAUUGGUAGUCUGAUAUUGAUUGGUUUAUGAUAUCAAUAAGACCUCAACAAUCUCCACAACCCUAUACAGAUCAGUUUUAUGUUUAGACUCUUUAAAAACAAAUAGAAAUUUUCAUCAAAGAAACAGUGCCUCAGAGUAAUAAGCUGGUGUUCCGAACCUUUCUUAUACCUACAUCAAUAUAGAUACUUUAUCAGUAAUAAAAGCCGUAAUGGGAAUAAUAUGACAAGAUUGAUUACACAAAUGUUUUCCAUGAUUGUUUUAAUCAUUUAUACGAUCAAAGAGUGCUUACGUAGCUACAUAGUUUAGAUGACAGUUUUAAAUUCAAACAAGCGAAAACCAAUAAAUUCUCAUUGACUAAGGUUUCAACUAAAAUCUACUUUAAAGUAAAUACGCAUAUUGUGUAACCACACUUUCAAACUAUAGUUGGUUUACACUUUGAAAUGGG